AUGGAAAUGAGUGAUGGCUGUGAUGCAGAAGAUUCUUUCGUUUGUAUUUUUGUUCACUUUAAAUAUUCUCUGUACCCUCCAGGUAAAGUUAGAAUUGGUGUGGCCAGGCCAAUACCUUUGCCUGAUGACGAUGAAGAAUACGAGGAGAGCCCACCAGACACUGCAAGAUACAAUGGCGAGCCUCUGCUCAAAGAUGCUGAACAGCAGAAACGAGACCAACAGGCCGCCCUGAUGGGUGAUAUUGAAGUUGAAAAGGAGAGUGAUAACGAGUCUAGUGGUAGCGAAAGUGAACAGUCAUCAAAGUUUGACUUUGGACCGCCGCUGUUGUUUUCAGGAGACUCCAUUGAUAUGGACAGUUUACCUGAUAAUAUUAAAUCAAGAAUUGAGACUAUCACUAUUCGAAGACAGAUGGUUGGAAAACUGGGUAAGUGGAUUGUUUGUGACUCGGGUUUUCAGUUGGAGAAUGAUGCCCUGUUCACAUUACGCCGGAGGAAUUUGAAAACGGAGGUUUCACUCUGAAAACGCAUCAUAUGAUUG